UUUAUCCCAUUGUACAGAGGCAGCCCCAGCCAUAGAGAGACAGAGAGCUCCCAGAGAACCUGGACUCCGCCAUCUUCACAUUGCAAUAUAUAUUUAUAUAUCUAUAUAUAUAAUAGUAAUAGCUCGCACCGACCCAACAGCACUGGGCUACCGUCCUACCUUCCUUCCCCUGUGCCAGGCGAGGGAGAACAGUGCAAAGUGGUGCAGGGACUCUGGGAACCCAAGGCAUAGGGCGAGCGUUCCAGGUGAACUGGAAAGGAGACACUACUGAGCUGCCCCCCAAAACCAGCCAAAAGGGUUAGUGUCAGAAAAAAUUGGGGGCAGUUUUAUGUUUAUUUUUUUUCUUUCUUUCUUUUUUUUUUUUUCAAGGGGCGGGGGAAAACAAGUCCCAAGUUUUAUUUUAUUUUAUUCUUUUUCAUAUUCUUUUUUCCGUCCUGGUGGAAGUGCGCUUUCUACCUACCAGAGACUUUGGAGAAAAGUGUCACGGGUUGGUGCAAAAUCCUCUAAGUUCAAGAAGAGAUUUGGAAGUCCAAGUGGCCAAACAGUUUGGAGAAGUGAGAGACAGAACGAUAUUUUUUUUUUCUUUACCUCUUAAUUUUUUUUUUUUUUAAUACUGGGGUAUUUCAUCUAGUGCACGACAUCAACAAGAGUUUUUUUUUUUCUUUCUAAAAUUUAAAUUUGAAAGUUUUUUUAAAACUAGAAGAACAAAAUAAAGAAGAAGAAGAAGAGGAGGAAGAGGGGGCAAGAAAGAAAGGAGGAAAAAAAGGAGGCGGGGAGCAGCAGCGGCUUUAACCUCCACCCCCCCUCCCCUCUCCAUUCCCCCCAACCGGUACAGCUCUCCGGGCGAUGUCAGUGUAAAUGCCAGGCAAUGUCCCGCCGCAAACAGGGGAACCCGCAACACUUGUCACAAAGGGAGAUUAUCACACCAGAGGCUGACCAUGUGGAAGCCGCCAUUGUCGACGAAGAUGAAGGUCUUGAGAUAGAGGAGCCGGGUGGCCUGGGGCUGACCGCAGGUGGGACAGAUCCAGACUUGCUGACCUGUGGACAGUGUCAGAUGAACUUCCCCUUGAGAGACAUCCUGGUGUUUAUAGAGCACAAGAAGAAACAGUGUAGUGGGAGCCUUGGUGUUUGCCAUUAUGAGAAGAGCCUGGAUAAAAGCAGUCCUCCCCCUUCGUCACGCUCCGAGCUCAGGAAAGUGUCAGAGCCAGUGGAAAUCGGGAUCCAAGUCACCCCGGAUGAAGAAGACCGUCUACUGACGCCCACAAAAGGAAUUUGUCCGAAGCAGGAAAAUAUUGCAGGGCCUUCCAGGCCUGCCAAGCUGCCGGCAGCUCCCAUAACUGCCUCCUCCCACCCUCACACAUCUGUGAUUACGCCACCUCUCCGCACCCUGGCCUCUCUCCCACCCUGCUUUAGCCUGCCCUGCUGUGCUGGCCAUUCAGUCUCAGUUGGUGGGACUCAGGCUGAGAGUCAGACUGAGACUUCAGGCACCUUUGGAUGCCAUUGUCAGUUGUCAGGUAAAGAUGAGCCUUCAAGCUAUAUUUGCACAACAUGCAAGCAACCUUUUAACAGCGCCUGGUUCUUGCUUCAACAUGCCCAAAACACACAUGGAUUCCGCAUCUAUUUGGAAACAAGCCCUUCAAACAGUUCCCUUACUCCACGGAUCACCAUCCCUCCUCCUCUGGGACCAGAGGCUGUUGCACAGUCCCCGCUGAUGAACUUCCUCGGAGAUAACAACCCUUUUAGUCUCUUACGAAUGACAGGCCCCAUCCUGCGUGACCAUCCCGGCUUUGGCGAGGGCCGGCUCCCCAACACUCCCCCACUUUUCAGCCCACCACCCCGUCACCAUCUGGACCCACAUCGCCUUAGUGCCGAAGAAAUGGGGUUAGUUGCCCAGCAUCCCAGUGCCUUUGACAGAGUCAUGCGUUUGAACCCCAUGGCAAUCGAUUCGCCAGCGAUGGAUUUCUCCAGGAGGCUCCGAGAGCUGGCGGGGAACAACUCGACCCCUCCUCCAGUCUCACCAAACCGCAGCAACCCUAUGCAUCGCUUAUUGAACCCCUUUCAGCCAAGCCCUAAAUCACCUUUUAUGAGUACCCCUCCACUGCCCCCCAUGCCUCCUAGCAGUACGACUCCUCCCCAACCUCAGGCGAAGAGUAAAUCCUGUGAAUUCUGUGGGAAAACGUUCAAGUUUCAAAGCAAUCUCAUAGUCCAUCGCCGUAGUCACACAGGAGAAAAGCCCUACAAAUGUCAGCUCUGUGACCACGCUUGUUCCCAGGCCAGUAAGCUAAAGCGUCAUAUGAAAACCCAUAUGCACAAAGCCGGCUCCAUGACGGGCAGGUCGGACGACGGACUCUCCACCACCAGCUCCCCGGAGCCGGGCACGAGCGAGCUCACCGGGGAGGGGCUGAAGUCCAGCGAGGCUGACUUCAGGAACGAAAGCGACCCCUCCCUGGGCCACGACAAUGAGGAAGAGGAGGAGGAGGAGGAGGAGGAAGAGGAGCUGGAAAAUGAGAGCAGACCCGAGUCGAGUUUCAGCAUGGAUUCCGAGCUGAGCCGCAAUCGAGAAAAUGGCUCCAAGUCUCUCCCGGACGAAAAGUCCCUCGUUCUGGGGAAGGUGAUCGAGAACGUCAGCCUCGGCGCCAUCCAGCAGUACAACGACAUGCUGGCCGAGAAGCAGAAGAGGAGCAGUUUCAUGAAAAGGAGCUCAGACCAGCGGGACCUGUGUUCUCGAGACCUCUGUCAGAGGGACACCGGCGACGAAGACUCGGUGGCCGGGGAGCUCGACCGCACCGAGGAAGGGACGGUCAACGGGAGGAGCUUCGGCCCCGGCGAGCCCUUCCCGGGCCUGUUCCCGCGCAAGCCGACGCCCAUCACGAGCCCCAGCUUAAACAAUUCGUCCAAGAGGAUCAAGAUAGAGAAGGACUUGGACUUGCCCCCCACCACCAUCAUCCCUUCGGAAAAUGUUUACUCCCAGUGGCUGGUGGGCUACGCGGCCUCGAGACACUUCAUGAAGGAUCCCUUUCUCGGAUUCACAGACUCCCGCCAGUCGCCCUUUGCCACCUCCUCCGAGCACUCCUCCGAGAACGGGAGCCUGCGCUUCUCCACCCCCCCGGGGGACAUGCUGGAUGGAGGCCUCUCGGGGCGCAGUGGGACGGCCAGCGGAGGCAGCACCCCCCACAUCAGCGGCCCGGGGCCCGGCCGGCCCAGCUCCAAGGAGGGGCGCCGCAGCGACACCUGCGAGUACUGCGGCAAGGUUUUUAAGAACUGCAGCAACCUGACGGUCCACCGUCGGAGCCACACGGGAGAAAGGCCUUACAAAUGUGAGCUCUGCAACUACGCGUGCGCCCAGAGCAGUAAGCUAACCCGCCAUAUGAAAACCCAUGGCCAGAUAGGAAAAGAGGUCUACCGGUGUGAUAUUUGCCAGAUGCCAUUCAGCGUUUAUAGCACCCUGGAAAAACACAUGAAAAAAUGGCACGGAGAACAUUUGCUGACAAAUGAUGUGAAAAUAGAGCAGGCCGAAAGAAGCUAAAGGCCCCCACGUCCCCUCUCUUCCCUCCCCCCGGCAUCCCCUUCCCUCCUCAUUCCCAACUGGGUUAAAUCAGGGGUCUAGGUAACAUUUAAUUUGUACAGUUUAACUAUUGCCAACUGAGAAAAUGCUGACUUAAUUUUUGCCUCCAUAAACAUAACUUAGCAUAACUAUGGUAGGUGCCAGGAAAUGGCACUCAAAUUUAACCUGUGUCUACAAAGUUCUAUUAAACCUGAGGGUUGAUUAAGGCAGUAAAAAUUGUGGAGCCUUUUAACUGUGCAAUAAUUUCUGUAUUUAUUGGGUUUUUGUAAUUUUUUUUUUUUUGGCAUGUGCAGGUACUUUUUUAUUAUUAUUCUUUCUGUUUAAAUUUCUUUUCAAAUUUUGUUGGGUAUCUCUUAUUAAUUUUACCCAGUAGUAGCCUGAGAUUACUUGCAUUGUAGGGGAGAAACAUAUCGUUUAAAUUAUAAUUUUUGGGCCGCUGCUUUUUUGAAAUUUAAGCUACGCAUGUGUAAUUUCUUGUGAAGAAGCCAACACUUAAAUAACUUUUAAAUAACUUUUAAAGUUGUUUUUUCCCUUCCCCCCCAAGACACACACACACAAAAUAAAAGAAAGAAAAAAAAAGGCAAGCAAGUGGGGAGUAUAGGGGGGUGGGGGAGUACAGCGGAUAACAAUCUUUAAAAUUGUAGCACUUUCUUUCGGAAUUGGAUCUGAAAUGUAGCACUGAUGAAGUCAUGUGUGACUGAGGCCUUUGUUUUGGUUUGUUUUCAAAUAGUUUUCAACAUUCAAGUUUUGUAACUGGAAAAAAAGACAAAAUGAAAUAAAAAAUAAUCAACCCCACAAAAAUCAUCCCCAUGAGACAAAGCAGGUUUUGUGUAAAGGCAGCCACAGUCAGUAGCAUUCUUCAAUUGUGCAUUAUCGGCAGAUAACAUGACUUCAUCGGACUGUUGGUGAUGCCUUGAGAUGCAAAGUGGCUAUCACUUGUCUUAGAAUAUCCAAACUGGUCAAGGUAGAAGGACCAUCUAGAUGUGAUGAAGAGUGUUCCCUGUAUUCACAGGGAAGCAAGAAAAUGAUAAAUGUCUCCUAGCUUAAGUUGUCUUCUUUCUGUAGUGUAGAGCUACUGAAAUCAUUAGUUAGAUGCUUAAGGGCUAACUGUUAGCUUCCAAAUCAGGAAAAAGUCAAGUAUCGAUAACCCUGAGGAUCUGAAGAAGCUAGAGUUAUCUCUUGUAAUGCACAAUGGUGCUAUUGUUAAGGAGAGAAAACAUGAAAAUUUUCUGGUCCUUUGGUCAGAACUGAAAUUCUGAAAAAAUUAGGAUGAAAGGUACCUUCCCAUAUUUUUCUCCCUAGCCCAUUAGGACAAACGGUACUGAACUGAGAACAGUUAAGGUUAGACAUUUUAAUUAUGUUGACCUGCACUUUAAAACUUUUGUUUGCAUAUAAAUUAAAUGGCUUCUAAACAAGAAAUUGCAGCAUAUUUUACUUGGCCCAGAGGUGGGUUAAACUGUUAAGGGGACAGCUGAGAGAUUAAGUGUCAGUGUUGCUAAGCAUGGCAUUCACAAUACUGGCACUAUAAAGAAAAAAGAUAAAAUAAUAAUUUAUUGGACAGUUUUUCUACUGCCAUUCAAUUUGACGUGAGUGCCUUGAAAACUGAUCUUCCUAUUUGAGUCUCUUGAGACAAAUGCAAAACUUUUUUUUUUGUGAAAUGAAAAGACUUUUGCAAAAGAGUAAAAACCAGAAAAGUACAUUCUUUACAAACAAAUAUACAAAAAAAGCCACAUUUACUUUAAAAAAGAAAAAAAAAAUCCUGGUUGAAGAUAGAGGACAUGAAAAAUGCCAUAAGACCCAAUCCAAUGAAGAUGUAUACCCAGCACAACUUCGGACAUCCAUUGGCUGAAUUAUUCUCAGCUUGGUUUUUUUUUUCCAGGACAACGCUGCUUAGGAAAUGGAAUGGAGGUGACUUACUGCUGAAUUUAAACUCAAGUGACACACGUUACAAGUUGUUAUCGUUGAAUGAAAAAAAAAACAAUUCAGGAACAACGGCUAAUUUUUUUUUAAAGUUAAAUUUAGUGCACUCUGUCUUAAAAUACGUUUACAGUAUUGGAUACAUACAAGGGUAAAAAAAAAAUUGUGUGUAUGUGUGUUUGAGAGAUCAUUUUUUUUUUCAAAGUUUGCUUAAUAGGUUAUAAAAGAAAUGCCGUGAUGGCCAUGUGUAUAUUGUUUUCUUUUGGUGACGGGGUUUUAGUAUAUAUUAUAUAUAUUAAAAUUUCUUGAUUACUGUAAAAGUGGACCAGUAUUUGUAAUAAUGGAGAAUGCCUGGGCAUUUUACAAAACCAGGAAAAAAAAAAACCCUUUUCUUUUUCCUUGAAAAUGUUGCAGUAAAAUUUAAAUGGUGGGUCUAUAAAUUUGUUCUUGUCACUGUAACUGUAAAGUCUGAGUUUUAGUAAAUUUUUUUCUGCCUUGGGUGUUGAAUUUUUAUUUCAAAAAAAUGUAUAGAAACUUGUAUUUGGGGAUUAAAAGGGGAUUGCUACACCAUGUAGAAAAAGUAUGUAGAAAAAAGUGCUUAAUAUUGUUAUUGCUUUGCAGAAAAAAAAUCACAUUUUGACCUGUACUUAUUUUUUCUCUCUCCCCUCCCCUCUUUCUUCCCCUUCCCUCCCCCCUCCAGAAUGGACAUUGAUAUUGGUUGAUUCAUAUGAUGUAGGCACUCAUUGUAUUUCUAUUGGAGCUUGUAAUUUUUUAACUGUACGCUUGUCCUUUUAAAGGGAUUUCAUGUACCUUUUUUGUUAGUGAAUUUGGAAAUAAAACACAAAAGACAAACAGGCUGCCAUAAUAUAUUUUUUAAUUUGGCAGGAUAAAAUAUUGCAAAAAAAUUUGUAUGUUAAGACCUAUUGUAAAAGAGAAAAAGGUUGUUUGACAACCUUGGAGUAAAAGAAACAAAGUGACGUGUUUAAAUGGUUUUGUUCACAAA